GAUAAAGCCAGUCAACAUGUGAAGAAUACCGGCACAAUAAAGUCUAUGUGGGUCUUUCGUCAGUAGUGCCUAUGAAUCAUUGAAUCACCGGACUGCAAUCUGAGCUCGUGUUUGUGUCUGAGUCUAACCGUAUGCUAUUUGACGAUUUCUUUAAGACCUUACUCUUUGUGUCAUGACAAUCAGGUGUCAGUUGGAGCGCACUUUUAUAUCGCAAAAAAAUGUGUUUAAAGGGCUGUUGAGCGUGUCCUCGUACAUAUUAUGUUCAUAUUCGGCGUGGCCUAUCCGCCUGGCUGUAUGUGGACCUUUUUGUGAAGAACUCGCGCUGGCAUCAAGCGCACUACAAGUACGUGUCCAGAUGUUUGGCGAUAUGGGACUUCUGUAUUGCUAGACCACCGAAAACAACUCAGUGACAGGUGCCACCACCACAAUAACGGCUCAAACAGCUAUAACAAGUUCUAGAUCAACAACAAUAAGGCAGCAACGCAAACCUUUAAGAAUAACAGUUACCCGGUCUCCUUAUGUUCGUGUACGUGCUCGGAAGACCCCCAGACGAGUCUGGCCAGGCGCCCACCAGUCGCAGAAGUCACUGCUCCGAGCCCACACCCCCGACACAAUCUCCCCAUGUUGGUCCGACCAGACCUGGCUCAGUCUCUGGUGAGCUGCUUCCUCUCGCGCCGGGAGAGUCUUGCCGUCCUUCGCCUUGGUCUGUUACUUGCACACCCAGAUCUAACAACUCCGGGCGUCUCAGUCGGAAAGAUGUGUACGCAAGGGGACACAGCUCUAGCUUGGACGGAGACCAGUCUCCUGCCCCCAGCAUUAGUAGUCACGAUGGGUCACUCUGGGGACAAGAGAGUCUCGAUCAAGAUAAUAACGACGUGUUUUACGAACAGCCUAGCCGACUUCAGAGUCCUCUCAGUGGGUUCAAAUUCAAAUCCUUCGUCGGUGAAACGACUGCUAUGUCGUCUUACUACGGGCAGUUCGCCACGUGGUCACCAGUGCUGGAAGAUAGUCGUAAACGAUUUGUACCGAAUGGAGGUGACGGUGGGGCUAGGUUUGUGGAGGAAAUGUGCUCUGACCAGAGGAUUGUCUCUGUCCAGAAGGAGAAUACUGUUCACAGGGUCCUUCGCCACAGGUCUGCCUGCGAGCAGCGCAUGGUAAGAGAUAACCACCACCCUGUCCGCAGCAGCUGGACGCCCCAUGAGUCUGAUAGGGCCCGCAGUUCAAGUACCCCUGCGUCGGUCUCGAGGUCGCAGUUUCCGCACGAGCCGUCGGUGUUUUCCGUUGGAUUUCGUCAGCCAGAACAGCCUGGGAACUCUUUUGGUUUCCCUGAUUUUCUCUCCCCGUACAGUAAUACUCUUCCAACAGUGAAACCGUUUUCUCAAACGGACUAUUGGCACCGCACUGCUGUCUAUGUCGGUGAGACGGGCCCGGGUUCGAAUCCUCUGCAUCAUCCACCGCACGGACACGAACCCCUUUCCUUUGUUCGCCAACAAUUUGUGGACGCGUCGGUUACGCGAGAGUUUUCUUUGCCUCAUGAGAUGACGAAUGCACCUCGGGCAUAUCAUCACUUCUCUCAGAACGACCAGUCCUGGCAUUUUCCUCUCUCUGACACGGGACGAAGGCCAGGAUUCGGCCGUGCCGCAAGCGCUGAUAGCUCCCCACGCCACGGGUAUGCUCCUUGUACUUCCGUGGCGUCGCCUUCAGUAACUCGUUCCAGGGUCUCGACGCCUUAUGGCAAAGAAAACGUGUCUGUGUCCAAGGAAGAUGGAGACUGUCUGUUUGCAAGGACUCGUUUAUCGAGUUGGCCUUCUUCUGAAGUGGAGAGAUUUCACGAAACCCUUUCAAAUCAAAAUUGCCAGUCCAGGGAGUCGAACAUCUCGAACCCAGCACUCUGCGAUUGCCCCACGUGCCUCAGACAGAGCCGAAAGGCACCUGGGCGCGACGUCAGUUACAUGCUAGGACGUCAUACCGUGCGCUCGUCCACUCCCCCUUUUCCUCCCGCGGGGACCUUGGAUUCCAUGACUUGUGUGAGUAACGAUAAGAGUAAAACUGACGGUGGAAAUGGUAACGGUGGUGUUGGAUCUGGUCUGGCGAGAAAAGACAUACCGCACGGGGUGUAUUUCUCCUCGACAAAACAGCGUAACCUAAUUAUUUCACCCAGCACUCUGCCCAGCUCACCAACAGCGCAGCGUGACCUAAUUAUGUCAUGUGGCUCGAUGACCACGCCCCCUGCGUCACGCGGCUGUGACCUUCGGUCGAGGACACUGGACGAAGCGAGGAACAGCAGAUCACCGCUCGCCGGACCCUCUGAGCCACGAGUCAGGCGGUCUCAAGCAUUCGAAGGAAACAGCUUCGGCCGUCGCAGCCCGGGCAGCUCUCGGAGAACCAGCGAGUGCCUUACACUGGAGCCGGCCGAGAUGAUCGUGAUCGACUAUCCUGAUGCGGCGGCCAUGAAGUCUGCGAGCCAGGCGCGUGCCGUGGUGUCGGCGUCCAACGUGGAGUACCUUCUGCAGCAGCAGCACGAGGCGCAGGCCGGCUCCAGGCCCAUGAGGAGGAUGAACUCCGACAGCGUCAUCGAGCAGAUGCCAGACGAUGCCGCAUGCGGUACCCACCCGUACCUGGGUUCAGCAGAGCAGUUUUACCCUUCUGCAGGGAGUGUCGGGGGUCACGAGCAUGCGGGGGGUGGGGGAGGCAGCAGCAAGCGUCUGUCCCGGGCCAGUGACACGUCCAGCGCCUACAGCGGCUCGGACGUGAUGCACACCUCACUAGAUGACCCGGAGGCGCCGGACGUCGAUCUGAGUGGGCUGGCCGAGAGCAUGGUCGACUCGGAUGAUGAGGAGGGCUAUGCUGAGUCCACUGAGUCUUUUACGAUCCGUGAUGCUGAGCGGGACUGUCUGGAGAAAGAGCCCUCAGAAAGAACGGAGGAAGACAUACAGAUAUUGCUCAACUUUACGCAGCAUCUUAAGGCAUUCUCUAACAUGACAGAGCACACGCGGAGGCUCCUGUGCGAGGUCAUGGUGUUUGCCAUCGUUCCCAAGGAGGGCACCAUCGUCAUGAAGGAUGGGGAAGAGCUGGACUCUUGGUCUGUCAUUCUCAACGGGGAGGUGGAGAUCACACGGCCCCAUGGGGUCCGGGAACGCCUGCAGAUGGGGGACAGCUUCGGCAUCAGCCCCACCAUGGAGAAGCUGUACCACCAGGGGGUCAUGAGGACCAUAGUCAACGACUGCCAGUUUGUAUGCAUCGCCCAGUCCAGUUACUACAGGAUUCUACACCAGGGUGAGGAGAACAUUCUGAAACAUGAAGAGAAAGGUCGUGUUGUGAUGGUCACUGAGCACAGAGAGCUGGACGGAGGAAACAGGAAGGGACACAUAGUCAUUAGGGGUACCCCCGAGCGACUAAUGCAGCACCUGGUGGAGAGUCACUCUGCCAUUGACCCUACCUACGUAGAGGACUUCCUGCUCACGCACCGCACCUUCCUCAGCAGCCCCCUUGACCUGGUCCGACGUUUGCUGGACUGGUUCCAAAACGACGAUCUCAAGACCAACGUGACCAAAGUAGUUCUUCUGUGGGUGAACAACCACUUCAACGACUUUGAGACCAACCACGACAUGUGCGAAUUCCUAGAGCACUUUGAGUGUCUGUUGGAAAAAGAGAGAUCUGAAAAUGAUUUUGAGAAACUGAUGGGGCAGCUGAGUUUGCUGAACAUGGCGUGUGCAGCCAAGGCGAGACUGCGCACCGUGACCCUGACGCGAGCCACGAGGGAAGAGAUCCUGCACUUUUCAAUCCUUGGUGGUGUUGAGAAAGGCCAUGGCAUAUUUGUGGCCAAGGUCCAGCCACAGUCUAAAGCUGCAGAGGCCGGCUUGAAGCGGGGGGAUCAGAUCCUAGAAGUAAAUGGGCACAAGUUCCAGCAGAUCUACUACAACAAAGCACUGGAAAUUCUGCGGGGAACCACCCACCUGUCCAUUGUUGUCAAGUCAAACCUGCAAGAGUUCAAAGACAUGUUGAGAGCCUCGGAAAAGAACACUCCACGCAAAGUAAAGCGGGAAGAUGGGAAUGUGCCCAAUGCCAAGCAGCGACUGUCUGUGCCAGACCUGGACUCUACGGCCCCCAUGUUCACAGAGCAAGGGGAUGGCAAAAAGACAGAGAAACGCAGCGGCAUCUUUGGGUCCACUUCCCGAUUGCGGAAAGCUCUAACACGAAUAAACUUCAUGCCCAAGAACUUGAAUGGCCGUGAGUCCGGCUCAAUCAACCACUCUGACGAGAGCCUGUACUCCAAGCCAUCCCGCAAGUCCUCCACUUCCUCCUCCUCAUCAACAGCCGGAGGUACCCUUAACAACCACCUGAGCGCCAGUAACCCGGAUAUCACAUCUGUUGGACUCAUCGUGGAUGAUCGGAACGAGAUGCCGGAGCAUGUGGUCAAGGUGUACAAGUCUGACCAGACCUUCAAGUACCUCCUUAUUCACAAGGAAACCACAGCAAAGGAGGUGGUCAUGCUAGCUUUACAGGAAUUUGGAAUUACAGAACCCAGCUGUGAGUUUUCUUUGCGAGAAGUAACAGUGGAGAUGGAGAAAUUCAUCAAGAGCAAACGUCUUCCUGACUCCUUAAACAAUUUGCCAGAGAGGUUGAAUCUCAAUGGGCGUCGGGCGCUCCCUCGUGUGCUUAGGUACUACCUGAAGAACAAUCGGAGCUCGGAGCCGCUGAUCCCAGACGAGCUGAUUGGCCAGCUGUUGAUGGAGAGCCAGAUCAGCCUACUGCAGCUAACGGCCCAUGAGGUGGCCUGGCAACUAACGCUCAACGACUACCGUGUCUUCCGCGAGAUCGAGCCCACAGAGUAUGUGGACGACCUCUACAACCUGCAGUCCAAGUUUGGUUGUGCACAGCUGCACAAAUUUGCGGAGCUGGUCAACAAGGAGAUGUUCUGGGUGGUCACAGAGAUCUGCAGCGAAGCAAAUCUAGUCAAACGCACCAAGUUGCUCAAGCAUUUCAUCAAGAUAGCCAUGCACUGUAAAGAUUCCAAGAACUUCAAUUCCAUGUUUGCCAUACUGAGUGGCCUGGGUCACGGCUCCAUCUCUCGGUUAAAACUGACCUGGGAAAGACUGCCCAGCAAAUACUCCAAGCUCUUCCAGGAUUUACAAUCUUUCAUGGAUCCCUCCCGGAACAUGGCAAAGUACCGCAAUCUCAUCAACAGUGUACAGGCUCCCUUUAUUCCAUUUUUCCCAAUCUUCAAGAAAGACCUUACCUUCAUCCACUUGGGCAAUGACUCUCAUGUUGAUGGUUUGGUCAACUUUGAAAAACUGCGCAUGAUUGCAAAGGAAGUCCGAAAUAUAUGCAGCAUCUGCUCAACAACAUAUGACUCGAACAACAUGUUCCUGAGCACCAACAACAGCUUCCAGAGUGCACUGGUUUCGGGAGUGACCACACUGAAGCGCACCAAGAACAGACGCGGAUCGGCUUUGCCCAAUGCCAAGAAGAUGUACGAAGAGGCCCAGAUGGUACGACGAGUGCGGUCCUACCUAAGCAACAUGCCCAUCAUCAGUGAUGAGGAAAAGCUCACAGAACUUUCCAGUGCCUGUGAGGCUCCAGUUCGGCGACGUGAUGCAUCACCAAGUGUGAAUAACUCGCCCAAUAUGGAGGAGAAGCGCAUUGUGACUCCGGCAGGACCCAAGUUUGGUGCGGAAUCACCAGGAGCCGUGCGAAAACUAAUGGCCCUCUCCGACAAGGUCCGGCCACACAAUCCCAAAAUCCCCGUGGGCAAAGUGGUCAGCCCUACGGCUGCGCGACGUGGGCCUGGUGGUGGGCCCACCUCUCCGCGGAUUGGGCCUUCAUCGCGUCCUUUGCCAGUCAACCUGACCCCAGAGAGUUCAUGCCUGGGUCAGGGCCCCCGCAAGCAGCCCAUUCGUACGGGUUCUAUGGGCUCCACAGACUCUGCAAGCCCCACAGGCAGCGUGCGUGGCUUCAAGGGCCACUACUCCUCUGAGAAUGACUCUGGUCACAGCAGCAUUGGCUCCAAUGUGUCACCACCCCAGCACCGCCGCUUGACCGCUCCCGCUGGACCUGUAUACUGCCCAGUGCCAGGCCAGCCCCCUCACUUCAGGCCUCCCCUCCCAUCGUACAGUACAGUCAUGCACAACUCUGCGGCAGCCAUGUCAGCCCCUGUCGUGUCCAACUACGCCUCACAUCCUGGCUUCCCCGUGGGUAGACGGCCUCCACUUCCGGAUUACCAGGCAGCCACCAAUAUGGCGCAAAUGGCGCGUCGACAGCAGCAGCAACAACAGAUGCGAGCAUACUCACACGACACUGGUGUCUACAUAGGUGUGGGUCAUGGGCCAGUGGCCGCAGCCGACAGUGACUAUGAUACUCCCCCAGUCGAAGGUGGCGAAGAAGAGCAAGUCUCAGCAGUAUAGCAGAGGACACUCAAAGCUUGUUCAUUGUCUCAGUAACUACUUCCAUACAGUCCAGAGAUGCCGUCCACCACUGCCUGAAGGGCCGGAACUCUUCUUGUACUGGAAGUUCCGAAUACUCACAGGGUGUACAGAACACUGAGUAGUCUCUGCCACACUCCGCUGAUCACAACUUCCCACCCACAAACAGAUGGCGUGCUCUUACUGCACUGGGCUCUUCCCCUCUCCGACAACGAUGGAGCACAUUUCCAUUCGCUUUUUAAAAAUCCUUCCUGCUCUCGUCAACUCCCGGAUAAUAUGGGGACUUGUUGCACAUUUAAACCACAAACGUUUGACUUGUUCUGUUCCCUGUUCUGAGUGGUUUCUUCACAAGUUGCAUCUCCCUCCACCUCCUGGAAGACGACAUACCCGAGGGGCAGAAAAGUUCUGCUUUGUACAGCCACUUAUUUAUUCUGAAAGGAGAGAGUAAAUUGAGUUUUGCUGCUUAUUGCAGCCGGUUUCAUAAACACACACGAGAGGAAUACACUUAUGGCAUUGUUGCUGCGAUCACCGUUCCACCGUUUACAUCUGCAGUGCAGGAGGAGGUUCUCCCCUUUCCCUCGUCCCCAACAUCCUCUUUGAUGCAGCAGAUGAAAGACAGUCUUUUCAGCUGUGUGUUUCUCCGGUGUUCAGACUUUUUGUAGUCCAGACUUAUUUCUGAAUGGCAUUUUCUGAUGGAGUGACACACAUACACACACACACAUAUCAAUCGUGCUAUCUCAGCAAGGGCAAAUUUUGUGUUUGUUCUCAAGGGAUCUAUAAUGUGAUGCCCUUGGUCAAAUUGUUUCAUGUUUGUCAGGGUCUCUACCCCCCUCCCCCCACCCCAAGUUUCCAGAUUGUGAAUGGAUAAGUGUUUGAAAAAUGUCAAGUUGCAACUGUGUGACCAAAUUUAUGGACUUUGUAUUUUAUCUUUUUAGCAUUUUUACUGCUCAUUUCCAGUCAGGUCUGAGUCAUGAGUGAACUGUCAAUAGUUACUAUAAUAGGAGCCCGGAAAUUGAAAUCAAAUUUAGAACUUCAUUCAGACUUAUUUCAAUGGCAAUGGACCCAAAUGCUGUUUUGUGGUCUGUAACAAACUCAACUAAUGCACAAAUGGUUAAAGUGAUCAGGGAUCUGCACGUAGGCAACAAUGUGGGAAAAUUUAGUAAGAUUACUGUUCUGUGAUAUGCUUCAAGCCUUGAUAUAAUUGGAAAAGAUUUUUUUGUGAUCACUUUUCAUGACUUAUAUAGAUAGUUACUGAGUUUGGUAUCUUUUAUUAGCAAUGACCACUCUUCAUUUUUUUCUUUUUUUUUUUCAGGUUCAGUUAAGUUAAUACUGCCUAUUAUUUUUAGUACCUUUGUACUGACCCUAUAGAUUUUAAGAAAUCAUUAAGUAUUUCAAAAAUGCUUCAAUCAAGUUAUCAGAGAUAAUUAGUCUUACUUCUUUCAUUGUUACCUUGCUCCAUAUUUGUGAUAAGAGCCUUUUAUGAUCAAAAGUGUGCCAAAAACAUCUCUGCAGUGUCAAGUAAACUUGCAGUUAGUUUUGCUUUUUCUCCUUCUCAUGACACAUCAUGGACAGAAGGGCCCAGGCCAUGUCACAGAGUCAGAAAAACGAGGGGAAUAAAAAGAGAGCAGGAAAGUCCCAUUUUAAACAUCUUUUUUGGAAAUUUGUCACGCAGUGGUGCCUACAAAGACUUGCAAAUGGUACAAAGGACAGUUCACAUACGUGGAGAAAGGAUUAAUCAACAAAAGUGAUACCAUCCAUUACUUGUUGCUACAGAGGUGUGGUUUGUAACUUUUGCUGUCUAUGUUCCGAAAAUGGUCACAAUUUUAAUGUUUCCUCUGUGGUCAGUCUGUUACAGUUUGGACUGACAUGUUUUAAUUUGAGUUGGACUUCCUCCUUCCGGACACAUGUGAUACUUCCAGUUGUCAUGUAGUGCUGUAUUGUCUUGCUUAGGUCUGUUAGUAUUGUUGUUUGAACCUUUUCAAAUGAAGUGCAUGAGGUGAAUAUCUUGAAUUUUGUACAGAGAUUAUAUACAGCACAUUUAAACACAAUGGUUAUGUGCAUGGCUGCUGUGACUGCUUGUCAUGAGAGAUUUGUUUCGAGUAUACAUCUGCCAGUGCAAUUUUAACACAGUGUGCAACUUGGUCAUCCAUCUUUCCCCAUUGUAGCUUCUUUGGCAGUUGAUCAGACUGUGUAUCCAGUGUUGUCUUUUCCCCUGGGGGGCGAGCAGCUGCUUGGUGCAAUGUCAUACAGACUCAUGAUGGAACCUGCCCCUCAAGAUAUUCUUUCUUUUUUCUCUCUUCGCAAAGGAUUAUACAUUCAGUUAAUCUGGUUUGUUGACGUUCUGCUUAAGUAUGGGAUUGAGGAUGAGAUAUUGUUAUGAUUGUUUGUCUUGUCAUUAAAAUUGUAAUCUUAGAAAGUGAUAUUCAGCUCUUACAUGUACUUUUUGAACCCUACAGUCAUUUGAGGAAGCAAGGCAAAUAACAGCCAGUUCGUCUUUCAUGUCAGGGCAGUUGGGAUGGGUUGGCAUUAGGAUGUAAAAUACUCCUGGCUUUAUUCUAAUUUGCAUAGAAAAUUAAUUAUAAAUUUCUUCCAAUGAAACACUAUAUCUUAUCUUUAGAAUGGUCAUGACUGCUCAGGUGUGACUCAAACCUGUAAGGAAUUCUUGGGUGCUUAAGUGUAGUAUUUCUCUUCUGUAUUUUUUUGUGUUUCACUAUUAUGCACAUUUGUCAAAAACCUUGGUUUAAAUGAUGCUGCUGGUUAUUGGGUCAGUGAUUGAUUGUCUUGCUGGGGUAGAUGUUCCUGAUGUGUGCCAGGUUGCUGGUAACUCCCCUUUGUUUUCUUCCUUUCUCUCUCUCUCUCUCUCUCUCUCUCUCUCUCUCUCUCUCUCUCUCUCUCUC